CAAGUCUCAAGUCUCAAGUCUCAAGUCUCACCCUUUCAUUUCGAUAGUAUUGGCACCACACUCUACAGAGCUCAACAAUGGCGUUACUCUCCACCCCUUCUCUCCUCUCUUCUUCCUCCAUUCGCAGACUGAACCCUCUUUUUCUCUCUCCUCGUCGCUUCAUAAUUAAAGUUUCCUCCUUUCAUCACUUGUCCUGUUUCCGGCCUCGACUUUUCUCCGUUUCAGCUUCAAUAAAUGGCGUGUUUACAUCGCCUGAAGUGGCGAAAUCCUUUGAUUUUCAGUGGGAGGAGAACAUUUACAAUUGGUGGGAAUCUCAAGGUUACUUUAAACCAAAUUUGGAUCAAGGAGGUGAACCUUUUGUUAUUCCAAUGCCACCACCUAAUGUUACUGGAUCAUUGCAUAUGGGGCAUGCAAUGUUUGUAACUCUUGAGGAUAUAAUGGUUAGAUACCAUCGCAUGAAAGGAAGACCUACACUUUGGAUUCCCGGUACUGAUCAUGCAGGCAUUGCUACUCAGUUGGUUGUGGAAAGAAUGCUGGCUUCCGAAGGUAUAAGGAGAGCUGACUUAGAGAGGGACGAGUUUGUUAAUCAUGUUUGGAAGUGGAAGGAGAAGUACGGUGGAACCAUUACAAGCCAAAUCAAGAGGUUGGGGGCUUCUUGUGAUUGGACUCGAGAAUAUUUCACUCUUGAUGAGCGGCUAAGUCGUGCUGUGAUUGAAGCCUUUGUGAAGCUCCACGAGAAAGGCUUAAUAUACCAAGGUUCAUACAUGGUCAAUUGGUCGCCUAAUCUUCAGACAGCUGUUUCAGACUUGGAAGUAGAAUAUUCGGAAGAACCUGGUGCUCUCUAUCAUAUUAAAUAUCGCAUGGCUGGAGGUUCAAGGGAGGAGUAUCUCACAAUUGCAACAACAAGGCCAGAGACCCUAUUCGGUGAUACAGCUAUUGCAGUGCAUCCUGAGGAUGAGCGAUAUGCAAAAUAUGUAGGCUGUCAGGCAAUUGUCCCAAUGACAUAUGGUCGUCAUAUCCCAAUAAUUGGAGAUAGGUAUGUUGAUAAAGAAUUUGGGACCGGUGUCCUGAAGAUAAGCCCAGGGCAUGAUCACAAUGAUUAUCUACUAGCUAGAAAGAUUGGUCUCCCAAUACUUAAUGUUAUGAAUAAAGAUGGAACAUUGAAUGAAGUUGCUGGACUUUACUGUGGACUUGACCGUUUUGAAGCUAGGGAAAAACUCUGGAAUGACCUUCUAGAGACGGGCUUAGCUGUCAAAAAGGAACCCCACACCUUGCGAGUUCCUAGGUCACAGCGAGGUGGAGAAAUCAUUGAGCCACUUGUUAGCAAGCAAUGGUUUGUAACUAUGGAGCCAUUGGCUGAGAAAGCUCUGCAUGCUGUUGAAACAGGAGACUUGACCAUCCUUCCUGAUAGAUUUGAGAAGAUCUAUAAUCACUGGCUAUCAAAUAUCAAGGAUUGGUGUAUAAGUAGACAAUUGUGGUGGGGUCACCGAAUACCAGUUUGGUAUAUCGUGGGAAAGGAUUGUGAAGAAGAAUAUAUAGUUGCAAGGAGUUCCGAAGAAGCGCUUCAUAAGGCUCAGCAGAAGUAUGGAAAAGAUGCAGAAAUAUAUCAGGAUCCAGAUGUUCUAGAUACCUGGUUUUCAAGCUCCUUAUGGCCCUUCAGCACACUGGGAUGGCCUGAUGUAUCAGAUGAUGAUUUCAAAAGCUUCUAUCCAACAACAAUGCUUGAAACAGGGCAUGACAUACUGUUCUUUUGGGUGGCGAGAAUGGUUAUGAUGGGAAUUGAGUUUACAGGAAAUGUACCUUUUCGUUAUGUAUACUUGCAUGGGCUCAUUAGGGACUCUCAAGGGAGAAAGAUGUCUAAAACAUUGGGAAACGUGAUCGAUCCUGUUGACACAAUCAAGGAAUUUGGAACUGAUGCUUUACGAUUUACACUUGCUCUGGGAACUGCUGGUCAGGAUCUGAAUUUGUCAGCUGAAAGAUUGAGUGCAAACAAGGCAUUCACUAAUAAAUUGUGGAAUGCUGGGAAGUUUAUGUUGCAGAAUUUGCCUAGCCAAAGCGACGUUUUUGCUUGGGAAACGUUGCGUGCAUAUGAGUUUGAUAAAGAAGAUUCACUGCUCAAGUUGCGAUUGCCUGAGUGUUGGGUGGUUUCAAAACUUCAUGGGCUGAUUGACCUAGUAACUGCAAGUUAUGACAAAUUUUACUUUGGAGACGUUGCAAGAGAAACUUAUGAUUUCUUCUGGGGUGAUUUUGCUGAUUGGUAUAUUGAAGCUAGCAAAGCUCGCCUCUACCAGUCUGGAGAUAAGUCUGUGACUUCUGCAGCGCAAGCAGUGCUUCUAUAUGUUUUUGAGAAUAUACUGAAAAUUCUGCAUCCUUUUAUGCCAUAUGUCACUGAGGCUCUUUGGCAGGCAAUUCCUUACCAGAAAGCACCUCUUAUAGUAUCUUCAUGGCCAACAACUUCACUUCCAGUUUAUUCAAAUGCGAUAAAAAGAUUUGAGAAUUUUCAAGCUUUGACUAGAGCUAUUCGUAACGCCCGAGCUGAAUACUCUGUUGAGCCAGUUAAACGGAUAGCUGCAACUGUAGUUGCAAAUGCUGAUGUGCUACAUUACAUCUCUGAAGAGAAAGAAGUUCUGGCUCUUCUAUCAAAGUUAGACCUGCAGUCCCUGCGUUUUGCUGAAACACUUCCAGAAGAUGCAAACCAAUCUGUUCACCUAGUUGCAAGUGAAGGUUUGGAAGCAUAUCUCCCCCUUGCGGGUAUGGUAGAUAUCUCUGCCGAAAUGCAGCGGCUUCAGAAGCGUCUUCUUAAGAUGGAAGGGGAGUUUAAAGGGCUUAAAGCUCGCCUUGGCUCUCCUAAGUUUCUGGAGAAAGCUCCCGAAGAAAUUGUUCGUACAGCUCAAGAGAAGGCGGAGGAAAUGGAAGAAAAGAUAAAUUUGACUAGGAACCGUAUCGCUUUCCUUGAGUCAACAGCUUUGGUGACAGAACCAGUAUAGCUGAAAAAGUAUCAUCCUUUAGCUAACUUGACAUUGAAGAAAACAUGUUCUCCAUUGCCGUCCUUAUUGGUUACUAGUUGUAGUUGCGCAACAGUCCAAGGCAGACUAUUGAUAGGCUAUUCAUGUGAAGCAACAUGCAAUUUUGAUUUUUGACUCUCGUACAUUCGUGUAUAGCUGAAGUAACGUGUAAACAUAAAUCUUGAUUUUGCCAUUGUUUAAACUUGAUAAGUUCAUGUCACGCGUAUUAGCUUGAAAGUCAGGUUGUGGUCUAAAUUUUGGCCACUAUCUCAUUGUAUAAUAUAAUAAAAUUCGAAUA